AUUGCUGCUUUUAAAGGUCGCACCAUACAUACAUACCACAGUGAAGGUGCUGGUGGUGGACAUGCUCCGGAUAUCAUCAAAGUUUGUGGUGUAAAGAAUGUCAUUCCCUCAUCAACCAAUCCCACACGUCCAUUCACUUUGAAUACUGUGGACGAGCACCUUGACAUGCUGAUGGUAUGCCAUCAUCUUAACAAGGACAUCCGAGAGGAUGUAGCUUUUGCUGAAUCGCGGAUUCGAGCUGAAACAAUUGCUGCAGAAGACAUUUUGCAUGAUAUGGGAGCAAUUAGCAUUAUAUCUUCUGAUUCACAAGCCAUGGGUCGAAUUGGAGAGGUGAUUAGUAGAACAUGGCAGACUGCCCACAAGAUGAAGUCAUUUAGAGGACCAUUGGACAUUGAUGGGCCAGACAAUGACAAUUUCCGGAUCAAACGAUACGUCGCAAAAUACACUAUAAAUCCUGCAAUUGCUAAUGGAAUCUCUCAAUAUGUCGGAUCAGUUGAGGUAGGGAAAUUAGCUGAUCUUGUGGUGUGGAAACCAUCGUUUUUUGGGACGAAACCAGAAAUGGUGAUCAAAGGAGGGGUAAUAGCUUGGUCAAACAUGGGAGACCCGAAUGCUAGCAUCCCAACUCCUGAACCGGUGUUAAUGAGGCCUAUGUUUGGAGCAUUUUCCAAGGCUGCAAGUACUAAUUCAAUUGCUUUUGUCAGCAAGGCAGCUCUGGAUGCUGGAAUAAAACACUCAUAUGGACUAAAUAAGAAGGUGGAAGCUGUAAGUAAUGUGAGAAACAUAUGUAAACUAGACAUGAAGCUCAACGAUGCACUUCCUGACAUCAAAGUCGAUCCGGAGACAUACACGGUGACCGCUGAUGGAACAGUCCUCACAUGCACGCCAGCUACUACUGUUCCGCUCUCAAGGAACUAUUUUCUUUUCUAGUGGUAACUGUUUAUACUCCAGUAGCUUUUGGUUGGGUACUUUUGAUAUGAGAUAUCUGCAUAAUUGAACAGAUUUCAUGUAAUGUUUACUAGGUUUCAGCGUUUACUUUUCCCCUUAUGUUAGACCAAAAAAUUUGUAGGUAGUCAAUGGAAAAUACUAACUGGGGACGAGGGAACAAUGUGGGAUAAGAAUAGUAGUGUUAAAGGUAAUGGAAGGAACUUCCUAUUUAUAA